UUGUUUUUUUACCCUAAUAUUUAGAAUCUUAAUGUAAGCUUUUGGAACUUAGUAGGACCAAAGCAAGUUUAAAAUCAGGAAUGGUGUGUUUUUUAGCGUAACUCAUGCACACGAUUAAGUCUUAAGAUUCUACAAAGCGUGUGAAAAAGAUAAUAUGACUGCAGAAAAAGAAGACGAUCGGCUUACUGUUCCAGAAGGCUGGAAAGACAAACCAUUUUCUAAAGAAGACAAUCCGAGAGGUUUACUGGCAGAGAGUUCCUUUUCUGUCCUGUUUCCAAAAUAUCGUGAAAGCUACUUGUCAAAAGUUUGGCCAUUGGUGAAAGAAGUGCUCAAUGAACAUGGCGUUGAACCAGAGAUGGACCUCAUUAAAGGCAGUCUUAGUGUAAAAACAACGAGAAAAACUUACGAUCCAUACAUUAUUAUCAAAGCCAGGGACCUAAUUACAUUGCUAGCUCGUAGUGUUGAUCUAGAGCAGGCUAAAAGGAUUCUAGAUGAUGAUGUUGCUUGUGAUAUAAUAAAAAUAGGCUCCAUGGUGGCUAAAAAAGAAAGAUUUAUUAAACGGCGCAAACGGCUUAUUGGCCCAGGAGGUACAACCCUUAAAGCAAUUGAAUGCCUGACUGAUUGCUAUGUUGCAGUUCAGGGUAACACAGUUGCUGCCUUAGGGCCACAUAAGGGUCUUAAGGAAGUACGGAAAAUAGUUGAAGACUGUAUGAAAAAUAUACACCCUUUUUUUGUUAUUCGUACUAUUAUGGAAAAGCAUGACCUUGCCAAAAAUCCUGAAAUGCGGAAUAUAAACUGGGAACCGUAUUUACCUCAGUACAAGAGUAAAAAUAUAAGUAAACGUAAGCAGCCAUUGAAGAAAAGAAAGAAGAAGGAGUAUACUCCAUUCCCACCCCCUCAGCCUGAAUCUAAAAUUGAUAAAGAGCUUGCGUCUGGGGAGUACUUCCUUAAAGAGAAUGAAAGAAGACAACGUAAGGCAGAAUUGAAAAAGCAGAAACAGAAACAAUCAAAGCAAGACAGGCAACAGAAGCGAGAUAAAUCCUUUAUUGCACCAGAAGAAUCCACUGAACCAGCAAAGAAAAAGGCCAAGGUGGAGACUGAUUCCAAGGUUGAUUUAAAGAAAUUGAAGCAGAAAUUUGGAAAAAUCUCUAAGAAAGCAUGAAUGUUAUCUUUGCAAAUUAUGUUUCACAAGUUAAAGGAUACAAAAUAUUUUAUAAAGUGUAAAAUCCCAGCCGAAAAUGAUUUAUUUAAAGUUAUGAUUAUCUUGCAAUACGUAUCCUUUAAAUAAUUUGUUUUUCAGAUUUUAAAAUAGCAUACCUUUUUUUUAGAUUCACUAGUUCUAAAUUUAACAACCAAUGUUCAUUUGUCCUGGCUGACAUUUUUAAAAAUUUUAUUUACAAGUAAAUAGGACAAAGAGUAUUAGUUUUAUUAAGUUCAUUAUAUAGUUGUAAGAAAGGCAGAAUACAUUUUUCUUUUUUUAGUGAAUUCCUUUUACACACAGCAAUGUGUGGUAGAAACAUGAAUACCGGUAUAAUAGUGGUAAAGCUGGUAUAUGUUGAAAAUCUGUUGAAGAUGAUGUAAUGUUGUAUUUUAAUGUUAAUGAUUGUGAAAUCAAUAAAACCUUUAUAGCAUCAAAUAUACUUGAAAACCUGUCUGUCAAAAUUUCUUUCAGUUGUUGUUCAUAAAGGACUGAUAAAUAUGGCACAUUUAGAUUUAUUACUUACAUAAAACUAAAAGGUAAUAAAUAAUAAACAAGUGAUACCCAAGGUGAAA